UUAACUAUAAAUUUUAAAUAUGUUGGAUGAACGACCUUGUGCGAUGUUUUUGGAGAUAUGUGUUUGAUGCAUAAUGAAAUAUGAAUUACAAUUUAAAGGAAUUACAAUAUAUUAACAACAAAAUGCCGUUGAAUGAUCGUUUGUUGUACAACACCUUCUUCAUUAAGGAUUAUUCUGGUAAAAACUUGCGUAAACCUAAGCAGCAUGUUAUUUUUAAAGCAGUUCAAAAGGGGUUCAUGGCUGUAACAAGGGGAUCUCCUGAUGAUGAUGGAUAUAAGCAUUUUACAGAGGAUAUUAACAAUGUUACCUACGGAUCUGCAAUCACGAACCCCAUUGAUGAAAUGGGCAGCAGGUCAAGCCUAUCCAGAGAUGUGGAUAGCACAGACAUUGACCAUUGGGAGAUGAAUUAUCACGAGGCUGCUAUAUUUUUAGAGGAAGGUGAAAACAAUGAAAAAUUUGAUUCACAUCCAAGACACCCAUCAGCACUUCCAGCAUACCUUCUGGUACAUAAUAAAUUGUAUUAUGGACUAGACUUAUUUUUUUCCAUGACAUUGCUGGCACUUGCCUUGGUCGAAAAUCCGGCUGUUGACCGGUUUGAAUUACCAGCUAUAAUUCACAGCACUUUGGAAUUGAUUUGUCUAGGCGUUAUUGGAGUAGAAUUGGCACUGAAACUGCGAUGGAUAGGAUGGUCAACAAUACUAAAUCAUAAACGAACAAUGAUUAAGUGUAUAACAUUAUUCAUAAUGGUAAUUGAAGCUGUAGCUGUACUCGUGAGACAGUCGUCACAUUUUCGAGUUACCAGAGGACUGAGGCCUCUUUUCCUAGUUGAUACUAGAGCAUGUGGAGCGGUUCGAAGAUAUAUCAGACAAAUUUUACAAUCAUUGCCUCCCAUUCUUGAUAUGCUGGUAUUACUAUUGUUUUUCGUUUGCAGCUAUUCUCUUUUAGGAUACUUCCUAUUUAGUGCCCACGAAAACUUCUAUUUUAAGACAUUGCCAGACAGCUUUAUAAGUAUGUUCGUUCUUCUUACAACAGCAAAUUUUCCGGAUGUAAUGAUGCCUUCGUACAACAAAACAAAGUGGAGCGCGGUUUUCUUUAUUUCAUACAUAUCAACUGUUUUAUAUGUGCUGAUGAAUUUGAUGUUGGCUGUAGUCUACGAAACAUUUACGGGAAUAGAAAAGGAUAAAUUCAGAAAGUUGCUACUGCACAAAAGGCAAGCCUGUAAGUUGGCGUUUCGACUGCUGGUUAGCAGACAGAAUCCAAAUACUAUUAGAUUCAAGCAGUUCCAAGGACUAAUGCGAUAUUUCUCUCCAAAAACUUGCCAGAGGGAUGUAAUUCUCAUAUACCGUCAAUUGAAUAGUUCAGGAACUGGUUUAUUGACUCAAGAUGAGUUUCUGAACAUUUACGAUGCAAUCAGUUUGAGGUGGCGCCACAAAGACCCUCCUGAUCCUUGGUUUACUGCAGCUUGGCCUCCUUUGAGGACAUUCUGCAGAAAUGCAAGAGUGUUAGUCUCUUUGCCGUACUUUGAGUAUAUUGUUUACGUUUUGAUAAUUGGCAAUGGUUUGGCCAUGUUUAUCAGAGUGAUGGAAUCGUCAGUAGAUCUUGAAGAUGGCGCGAGGCAUUUUUGUGCGUCGUGGGAUGCAUGGGUGUUUUAUAUGCUGUUCUUGAUCGAAGCAUUAAUCAGAAUAAUCAGCUUCGGUUGGAUUGACUACAUUUCAUCUGGAUGGAAUACUUAUGAUCUGUCAGUAACUUUGUUAGCUAUAUGGGGAUCAGUUUUGCUACUGAUGUCCCCUGGAUUCACUUUUGUUGUCAUUUUACGGCCUUUAAGAAUCUUGCGGUUGUUUAAACUGAAGAAGCGCUAUAGAGACAUAUUUGGUACGUUAGUUUUACUGUCACCUCUCAUGUGGUCUACAGCUGUGGUUAUGAUGGUGAUGUACUAUUUCUUUGCCAUUGUUGGGAUGGAACUUUUUGCUGGUUAUACUUUGGAAAAUUGUUGCUUGAAUUCUACUGUAGAGCCUUUUUACAAAUUCUACUCCAACUCAAGUAACUCUGGAAUUGCAUACUAUUACCUUAAUAAUUUUUCAAAUCUCCUGACAUCAGGAGUGACCUUGUUUGAACUAACAGUGGUUAAUAAUUGGUUUAUUAUUAUGGAUGCCUAUGCUUUUGUUUCCGGUCAACCCUACUUACGACUGUUUUUCAUGAUAUUCUAUUUAUUCACAAUGGUUGUAUUGACCAUUGUGGUGGCUUCAGUCUUAGAAGCUUUCCGAUUUAGGAUACAGUAUAAACAGCAAACAUCAAAGAAAGAUGAGGAACUGAUGCUUCACGAAGAAGUUAUAAUAGAUUGGAAUUCCCUACAACAGCAAAUACACGAUCCAAAAUUACUUGAGUCAUUGCAAAUGGACUUUGUUUACGGGGGUGUGACUUCAUAUAUUGGGCGUCGUGCUCGAACCAGAGAUGUUUUGCAACGUCACAUGUACAUUACAGAAAUCACACAGUGGCUUCAAGAAGCAGAGAAUGAAGAAAGACAAGAUAUUAAUAGUAUUAUAGAAGAAGCGCAUAUUAAUGCCAGGUUAAUAACUGCUUAAUUACUUCCAAACAACCCGACUAAUUUUGCAUGUAUUAGCUACCUACUAUUGUUGCAUUUUUAAGUUUUACUAUGGAAUUUAACAUAGUUGAAUGGGUUUUAAUAUUACAUUGCUGUAUAAUCAUAUUUACUCACUCAACUAGACACAGUACCUAUUUUUAACAUUGAAGUUAUACUACUUUCGUUACUACGUUUUCUGUUAUAUUCCAGUAUAGUUUAGAUCAUGUCUGGUAGAUGUCAUAUUUCAUUUUGGAUCAUGACUCCAAAAUGUUUUGAGUGGUUCACUUUGAAAGCAAAUACCGGGCCCAAAGAUGAAAUAUAAACGUAGUGAAAAUAUAUCCUAGUCACCGAAUAGUUCUAAACGACUUAAGCCCUUGAGAUUUCUCGAGAAAACGAAAUCAAGAACAAAUUUGAUAUCUAGUGUGCAAUUUAGCCAGUAAAUAUGAUAAUAUACCGUUAGAACUAUUAGGACCAAAUCAGUGUUAGUUUAAAAUAUAUUUUUAGGAAAAUUGAAAGUGGAAAUACUCAUAAGACAAACUAACAGUUGCCUUACAAUUUAGACACGAACACCUAGUUAGCGUGUUGAGUAGUUUACGCAAGCAACUAAGUCUUCCUUGCUUCUCAUGUUUCUAAGUCAUUAUUAGAUGGUAUUUAACGCUUAAGCUUAAUCCUAUUCAAAUUUACAUUUUUUUAAAUCCGGCUAGAACAAACAAUUAGUUGACGAAAAACUUAUGAAUUCUGCGCAUGUUAUAAUACGCUAUAGUUUAUUUAAAAUAGGUCUCACUUUUAUUCAAUCAUUCUGUGUCUGAUUUACCAGUAUUAAUAAUUUAUUUCUCAUUAUUUUGUUUUUAUAUAAUAAUAUAAAUUAUGUAAGUACCAACAAUAAAUAUUAAAUUGUGUUAAAGUAUAAUUUAAUGGCCGCCGAUGUGAAUUACUCUGAAAAAAAUCGGUCAUUUACCCCAAUUGCCCACAUUACAGCAUUUAAUGCCGCAGAAGAAUGUUGAUUUUAUUUCAAACAUUAAAAGAACAAGGGAUCAAUAUUUUAUGGUUGAAAUAAAAUAGUAAUGAGUUGCAGUUUUUUAAUGAAAUUUCAGAGCAUACAAAAAGCACUACAUGUUUAUUUUCCAAAUUUGUACAUAUUUAUUUAAUCAGUAGCAGUACAUAAUUUACAGAUGUCUGCUAAUUUAUACAUUUAUUUAGCUUAGGACAUGUAUAGUAUGUACACACAUGCUAAUUUUGACACAACCUAAAACUUCUAUUUAAAACUGAUUUAUUAAUGCCCUAAAUCAAAGACAAUAACAGAUAAUACUAAACAAAAAUGUGUAAUAACUUAAACAUGUUUUCUUUGGAUUUCACAGGGACAUUAAACAGUAAUUCCCCAAGAGUUGAUUUCAGUUGAAACUCUACUUAUAUAUAAAAUUAAUACCGAAUUCCUUAGAAGUCUAUUCUGCUGAUGUAUUUUGUAUAAUUAGCAUAAUGUGAAAAUUUGUUAAAAUAGACAUUUACAAAAAUGA